UUAGAACAGUCGCCAGCCACCCCUCUUCCCCUCCCCAUCUCUUCACCUCCUUCUUCUCCUCUCUCUCUCCCCAUUCUUUCUGGCGAUGCCUUCUCUCUCCCAUCACCUCUUCUCCUACCUCCUCUCUUCUCUCUUUUCGCAGCGCCAGGAGAAGCUGCCAGAAACCAGCGAGAGCAACAGCAGCUCUGGCGAAGUGCGCAAGGCAGCGCUCUCUUCCUGUCUCUCCUUGCCUCUUCUUUCUGUUCUCACUUCCCUUCUUCUCUGUCUUCUUUUCUCCAUUGCUGGCAACGCUCGGGCGAGCUGCCAGGCAGCAGCAAACCCCAGAAACUCCACUGAGCAGCCGCUAAUGAAAACAACAACAAUAAGAAAUCGAAACAGACGGAAAAUCAAGGUAAGGUGCAGGUACAAGUGGACGUUCGAGCUUACAAAUCAAAGCCGAAUCUAUCCAGACGUGGAGCAUUCAUCCGGACUUGGUAGGCCCUCAUGCAUUCGAGGACGCUUGCCUAUUAUAUUCUAGCUUAGUUAUAGGAUUGAGCUAGUGG